AAUCGCUGCACAUUUCAUCUCGCGACCUCUCCAAUCAUGGAAACUUCGUAACGAAACGCAUAUUCCGCAUACAAAUAUAACAAAACAUAUUUCGUUAUCGUUUUAACGUAUAAACAGUCAUUUUAUGUUACACUUGAUAACGUCAACGCCGAUAAAAAUCAUAAUAAAAACAAGCAGUAUCAAGCCGCGCGCCAACGCGAACGCACGCGUUUUAAAAAUAAAAAUUAAAAAUAAAACUCGUCGUGACCGUUUCGCGCCAAAAGUAAAAAUAGAAGUGUGAUUUCGUAGAAUUUUUUGAAUAAAAAAGUAAGAAUUUCUCAAAAUUACUGCAAAUGCUUCAAAUAAAAAUGUCCUAAAAUAUAAAAAUCUAGUGCCCAAAAAGAUAUGUUAAAGGCCGUUAAAGUGUAAAAAUCCCAAAAUAUCAGUGACGAUAAAAAUAAACGUACGCAUUAUGUUACAAUGUCGUUCUUGAAGCGAGUAAAAGUGUGGGGUUCCAGAGAGCGCGAACCCGAGUUGACGCGGAGCCAGUACUCGCUCGUGUCGCAGGACCUGACGGCGGGUGCUCUUCAACUGUGGCUCGGGUUACCCGAGGAGGUGAAAUACGACCCGGCGCUCGCGGCCUUCAGGCAGUUCUAUGAGAAGGAGACUGCUCAAGAAUCCCUCCCCCUCCGCCCUCGAAGAUCAUCAGCGCCGAAGAUCAAGCGGCUUCCAGCCGUCAACUCAGCUCCCCACCUCAAUAAUAAUGAAAGAAUAUCAGAAGACCCACAGGCGCAGAAUGGAUCCGUGUACUUUACGCAAGAUAACAAACCUGUGGAAGCUACGGAGACAAACAAUCACUUGUUACAUGGACAAAAGAAACCUUCAAAAUGGGACAAAGCCCGGAGCUACACCAAGCUGUCACUCCUGGUGGGUUGCUGGGUGUUCUUCACCGUCGUGUUCUGUCUCUUCAACGAGAAGGAGGCCAUCGUUAGGAACUGCGUGCUUAUACCUGGACAGAUCAAAGAUUACAUCCUCGAGAUUCCGAAGAACCACCUAACACUAUUGGUGGACAUAUCAGGCCCGUUUCUGACUCAACAGGAAGAACAGAAACUAAACCUUACGGAGAAGACCUCGAGGUCCAAAGUCGAUGUGUGGGUGGAGCGAUGGGCUGUAAGGGGUGACGCAGACGAUGUUAAUGAAUCGGAUGUUAGUGAAAGAGAGAAUUUCACUCGACCUCACUCAUUCUUAUUUCUGGAUCCCAACGAGUUAGAAUUCAGCGAAGCCACGCCGCGGUCGGCCAAGUUCGAACACCAUUCAAGUUUGAAUUCAACGGCCGUUUAUGUCAUCAGAAUCUUGUCAGACUCGGCGGUGGCGACUCCCUUAUCGUUAAGUUACCAGGACGGUCCGAUAGAUGUCGCCAUCGGCGUCACUUAUGCCUGUCUGCUUCUGGUUAUGCUAUACGCUUUGAUUAUAUUUGAGAUAAUAAACCGUACACUAGCAGCGAUACUGGUGUCGACACUAUCACUGGCGGUCCUGUCAUUGGUUGGAGAACGUCCGUCAGUAGAGCAACUGGUGUCAUGGCUGGAUGUGGAAACUCUGCUGCUGCUGCUAAGCAUGAUGCUGCUUGUGGCAAUCAUGGCAGAAACUGGCAUGUUUGACUUUCUGGCCGUAUUCACUUUUCAGGUGACGAAGGGCAAGAUGUGGCCGCUGAUCAACGUUUUGUGUGCUAUCACGGCCGUUCUCUCUACUUUCCUGGAUAACGUCACCACCGUGCUGCUUAUAACGCCUGUCACCAUAAAACUGUGCGAGGUUAUGGAGAUGCACCCGAUCCCAGUACUCACAGCAAUGGUGCUAUAUAGUAACAUCGGUGGUACAGCCACGCCUGUUGGCGAUCCACCCAACGUGAUCAUAGCUUCCAACCAGAUCGUCAUACAGUCGGGCAUCAACUUCGCGAACUUCACGCUGCAUAUGACAUUAGGAAUCAUACUGGUGUGUGUGCAAACCUACUUUCAAUUGCGGUUCAUGUAUCGGGACGUGAGCAAGCUGCGACCGAGCGAGCCACGUGAGAUACAAGAUCUGAGAAGACAACUAAACGUUUGGCGACGUGCAGCAGAUUCACUACCUCAUAUGAGCAAGGAUGAGUUGGUCGUAAAGGAGCGACUAGAACGCAAGGUACAAAAGAUCAGCUCGCAGUUGGCCAUCGCGCUGAAAGAGAGCAACAAGCGCGCCUGCCCCAAAGACACCUUCCAAAGGACCCUCUCAGAGCUCAGGGAAAAGUAUAAGAUCCGGGAUAAAAAGCUGCUGAUAAAAUCCUGCGUCGCCAUCGGAUUUGUGGUCAUCAUGUUCUUUCUCCACGCUUUCCCUGAAUUCAAUCGCGUGUCGCUUGGCUGGACAGCAUUACUCGGUGCCAUCUUGCUGCUGAUCCUGGCUGACAGGGAAGACAUAGAAUCCAUCCUGAACAGGGUGGAGUGGUCUACUUUACUAUUCUUCGCGGCUCUUUUCGUACUUAUGGAGGCAUUGACCAAGCUUGGUCUGAUCGACUUCAUCGGCGGGCUGACUGAAGCUCUCAUCAUGAGGGUAAACGAAACCCAUAGGCUGGCGGUGGCCCUGCUCCUAAUACUCUGGAUAUCAGGCGUAACAUCAGCGUUCGUUGACAACAUCCCGCUGACAACGAUGAUGGUGCGCGUGGUGACGUCACUGGGCACCAACCCCGCGCUGGGGCUACCCCUGCAGCCACUCAUCUGGGCGCUAUCCUUUGGAGCCUGCUUGGGAGGUAACGGCACUUUAAUUGGUGCAAGCGCCAACGUGGUGUGUGCGGGAGUGGCGGAGCAGCACGGCUACAAGUUCACCUUCGUGCAGUUCUUCAAAGUCGGCUUCCCCAUCAUGAUAGGACAUUUGAUCGUUGCCAGCGGAUAUUUGAUUGUAUGCCAUUGUCUUCUUACGUGGCACUGAGGAAUUAGGUCCAGCUUUGAAACUCAAUGCCCAGACCACGAAACGGGCACAGGGCGGACACGCGAUACAUCAAAAAUCACAUGCGUUUCUGUGUGAACGGCACGUCUGUACACGCGUGAUGCGUCAUAGUGUAAGUAGCUUAAAAAUAGUACUGAGCGGCCGGCAAACGGCCGUCAAUCUGCUGUCGCGGGGCGAGAUCGAGUCAAGGCGGGGCGGGGCGUGGCCGUUCUGUAUGAUAAUACUAUUACUUAUUCUGUGCGAGCUUGUACUUCAUAAUUCGUAAUAUGAAGUGUGAUCAAUUUUACCCACCUUUUUAUUACGUUAAUCAUUUGUACCUUUAACACGUACUUAAUUCUUAUUAAUAAUACUGUGUGUGUUUGUUGUAUUUAGAGAAAAGAUUCCAUGAGCAUACAAAUGUAACGGAAAAUUUGUAAAAACUUUUCGGAAAUUUCUGGAAAUUUUCACUAGGAAUUUUUUAUUUUAGAAAUAGAUACCUAUGUUUCCUAUGCAAGAAUGUGAGAAUUAUUUGUAAAUAUUGCUAUUUUGAAUUGAAUAUAUAUAUUUUGCAACAAUUACAUAUUAUAUACCGAACUAAGGUUUCUUUUCUCUGAAAUACAUGUAUUUUACUUUACUUUUUAGAAUUUUUAACGUAGCUUGGGCACGGUGACAGCCGUCAUCUCAAUAUAUUUUUUUAAAAAUUACAAAUUGUAUGGAGAGGACAGCGGUCAUUUACUGAAAUUUCCGCUGUGAAAUGUUAGCUCGGCCUUUAAUUUCUCUAGACAUAUCAAAAUUAAAGUAAGAAAAAAUAGAAAAAAAAAACAUAUUUGAAACACCGUCACUCUAACCAACUGGUUCACAUAUCUUUCAAAUUGUUUUACAUGUUAAUUUUGAUAAUGAUAAGCAAACUACUAUGAUUAAAUCGAAAAAAAAUGACGCUUUUUAUGCGUUACUGCUGCGAUGAAAUUCAAAAGUGUUUAGUGAAUGGUUAGGCUAAAUGUACUUUUUAUAAUUACACAUCUUUAUAGUUACAGAUAUCAUUAAAAAUAACAUUAUUUAUUAACUAUUGAGGUCACAAAGUUUAAUUAAUGUCAUUACCGAGUCUAACGCGAUUAAAUUUCAUUAUGUUCCCUUUUUUCCGACGUUUCAACUAGGUUGCACUAUAGCAUUAGACCCGGUAAUGACAUUUAUUGUGGUAUUUUCUAUAAAAAGGGACCUUAUUGUCGAUGGCGCUUACGCCAUUAUUAACGAUGCUCCGAUAUAAAUACAAUGCCGCGCGACGCUGUGCGGCGUAAGCGCCAUCGACAAUAAGGUCCCUUUUUAUAGAAAAUACCACAAUUAUGUGUACAAAACGCGAGAGUUUAGUGUUAUAUGUCACAAAGUUUGUUAUGUAUACCUAUAGUUCUUAGUAGUAUAGUUAUUUCAAUAUUAAGUACGAUUUCCACCGUACGAGCGGAGUCGGCGCGCAUUUCACUCCGCUCCGGCGCGGCCCGACUCCAUCCUGUCGGUGGGAAUCGUAUUAGUUUAGUGUCAUAUUAUUAUGUUCCGUCCUUAAAUUAUUUACAUUAAAAGUGUUAGUAUUACCGGGCCGUGGAAGACGCCCUGCUACUUGGCUGACAACGGUCCAAAAUGACCUGAAAAACACAAAUAUUGACGCCGGAACAGCACAAAAUCGUCCUGUGUGGAGAAAGAGGACAAGGAGAGCCGACCCCAGAUAAUGGGAAAAGGCUUAGGUAGAAGAAGAAGAAGAAGUGUUAGUAUUACAUAAAUAUAAUACUUUAUAAGCAUAUUAUAUUUUCACUCACUUUGGGUCGUUGCGUCACCGUAGUAAGUAAGUAUAGAUAGAUAGAUAUAAUAGUUUAUUCAUCAACACAUGGUAAUAUACAUUUGAAAUAUACAUCAUGUACACAAUAUCGGAAGACGAACUGCCGGUAGGCCUCCAACGAGAUGGAGCGACGACCUGGUGAAGGUCGCGGGAAUUCGGUGGUUGCGAGCGGCACAGGAUCGGUCGGAGUGGCGAGCCUUGGGGGAGGCCUAUGUCCAGCAGUGGACGUCUAUCGGCUGACAUGAUGAUUAUGAUGACACAAUAUCUGCACUACUAACAAGUGCGACUAGUCAGGAAAUUAUUGAACAAUAUGGGGGGCAUUCUCUAUGAAAAGGGACCUUAUUGUCGACGGCGCUUACGCCGCACAGCGUCGCGCGGCAUUGUAUUUAUAUCGGAGCAAUCGUUAAUAAUGGCGUAAGCGCCAUCGACAAUGAGGUCCCUUUUUAUAGAAAAUACCACAUAUUAUAUUUUGUAUUAUAACGACGCAUCAUCAUCAUCUUCCUUGCGUUGUCCCGGCAUUUUGCCACGGCUCAUGGGAGCCUGCACGGGGUCCGCUUGGCAACUAUUAAUACCAAGAAAUGGCUUACUGCCAUCUGACCUUCCCCAGAGGGUAAACUAGGCCUUAUUGGGAUUAGUCCGGUUUCCUCACGAUGUUUUCCUUCACCGAAAAGCGACUGGUAAAUAUUAAAUGAUAUUUCGUACAUAAGUUCCGAAAAACUCAUUGGUGAUCAUUCCUUAUAUUUGGUGUUUGAAUACAAUUUGAAGUGCAAUCGUGAUUAAAACACCUUGAACUUUUAUUUUAUUUAUUUAUUUUAUUUUAUUUUAUUUUAUUUUAUUUUAUUUUAUUUUAUUUAAUUUUAUUUUAUUUUAUUUUAUUUUAUUUUAUUUUAGGAGAGAUUUUAUUUUAUUUAGGGUACUUACCAAAGUAUUUUUUGGUGGUCAUUAUAUUUGUAGCCCUUAAAAAUACUAUGAAUUCAUUGUUUGUUGUACAACAUUCCAUUUAUUACAUAUAGAUAUAUAUCCUGAAGAUAAGGUGCAUGGAAUUCUCAUCUGAAUAGACAUCUUUUAGGUAAGCAUGAUCCACCCUAGACUGCAUCGGCACUUACCAUCAGGUGAGAUUGCGGUCAAAUGCUUGCCUUUUUGUUAAUAAAAAAAUAUAUUUUACAUACACAUACAUACAUACAUAUAAUCACGCCUAUUUCCCGGAGGGGUAGGCAGAGACCACGGAUUUCCACUUGCUACGAUCCUGACAUACCUCUUUCGCUUCCUUCACUUUCAUAACAUUCCUCAUACACGCUCGCCGGUUUAGGGUGCUCUUGAUCUGGCCU